AUGCAUAUUCACACGGUUACUAAUCACUCGUUUAAACAGAUCAUCUCCAGCGAAGAAGUCGCCAUCAAACUCAAGUCCGUAAAAGCCAAGCACUCCCAGCUCGAGUAUGAGUCAAAUGUCUACAAGACCCUUGCUGGCGACAGCGGUGUUGGCAUUCCCUUCAUACACUGGUUCGACACCGAGUGCGACUACAAUGCCAUGGUCUUGGACCUUCUUGGACCCUCUCUAGAGGACCUUUUCGAUUUCUGCAAGCGCAAAUUCACCCUCAAGACUAUCUCCCGUAUCGAGUACAUCCACUCAUGCAACUUCAUUCACUGGGAUAUCAAGCCAGACAACUUUCUCAUGGGCAUAGGGAAGCAUGGCAAUCAAGUCAAUGUCAUUGACUUUGGUCUUGCGAAGAAAUUUCGUGACCCAAAGACUCACUUGCACAUUCCAUACAGGGAAAACAAGAAUUUGACCGGUACCACUCGCUACACCUCAAUCAACACGCAUUUGGGAGUUGAGCAGGCUCACUGUGAUGACCUCGAAUCUCUUGCCUACAUCCUCAUGUACUUCUUGCGCGCUGCCCUCCCUUGCCAGGGACUCAAGGCUGCAACUAAAAAGCAGAAGUAUGACAGGAUCAUGGAGAAGAAGAUGACUACUCCCACCGAUAUUCUUUGCCGCAGCUUCCCCAAUGAGUUUGGCAUUUUCUUGAACUACACUCGCCCUGAUUAUUCUUACCUCCGCAAGCUCUUCCAUGACCUUUUCAUUCGCAAGGGCUUCCAGUAUGACUACGUCUUCGACUGGUCCGUUCAGCUUCGUUCUCACACACGCCAGCAGCAGGCAACUACUCCUGCUGCGGGUCAACCCCAUCCUCGUGGUAGGGAUGACGCCUGGUAA